GGGCCCGGGCGGGGUCGCGGAGGGCCGGGACCGGGCGCCCCGCUCCGUCCGCCGCGCCCGAGUCCCUGGGCCUGUUGGGGGGUGCGCAUCCCGCCGCGGGCGGUGCGAGGCCGAGGGGACCCGGCAGCGGAGUGUGAGGACCAGACACCCCCGCGAUGACCAGUUCCCCUGUCUCCAGAGUCGUCUACAACGGCAAGAGGAACAGUAGCCCCCGCUCGCCCCCCAGCAGCAGUGAGAUCUUUACCCCAGCCCAUGAGGAGAAUGUGCGCUUCAUUUACGAAGCCUGGCAGGGGGUGGAGCGAGACCUGCGGAGCCAGAUGUCCGGCAGCGAGCGGGGCCUGGUGGAGGAAUACGUGGAGAAGGUCCCUAACCCCAGUCUGAAGACCUUCAAGCCCAUCGACCUGAGUGACCUGAAGCGCCGGAACACGCCUGACGCCAAGAAGUCCUGAAGCGUGCCGGUGUCCCCCCCCCCCCCUCGCCUCUGGGAGACCCGGGUGCUGCCCCGUGUUGGUCUCCCGGGAAGGGGAGGGGCCGUGCGCCCAGGGGGCCGUCAACCCCAGCACCAGGACGGGCGUGAUUGGUGGCCAAGGCCUGCCCUUCCUCCCUGAGCCCCCUCCUUUCCUCUCAGGGGCUCGCAAGCUGCCCCUGUCCCCGGGGGGGGCUCUGGGCCCUGCCAGCCCCUGCUCUCCCCGUAGUGGUCUCUUCAGAGCUGCCUGGCUCUGCCCGCCCCCACCCCACCCCGGGGCCUUGACUCUGACUCCCCUCCACUUCCCAUCACCUCCCAUGGCCCCCCACCCCCCACCCCCGUGGCCACUUCCAAGGCCACGAGGGAGACCAAGGGGGCGUCUGCUGUCUCCCAGGCUGGUGGUCCUGGGCUGGGCUUAUCCCAGAGGUGGCCCGGAGGCAGGACGUGGGUGGCCCUGCCAUACCUGCUGUGUAUUCCCUACCAAGUCCUGCUGCUUCUCUGGCCUGGACGUGGCGGGGAGCGUCUAAGUCUCCACCCCGCUCUCCAGUCCGGCCCUUUCCUUCCCUGCAUCAGCUUCGGGAUGGCACCAGCUGUGUGGGCCUGGGGUGUUGCCGGGCACCCGCUCAAAAGGGGUCCUGGGCAACCAGGCCUAGUCCCUUGUUGUCUGCGGCCCUGUGGCCACAGCAGCCGCCUCGGGCAGGGCCAUGAGGCUGACCCUGGCCCUGUGCUGUGCGCUGGGAUGGCCACCAGGGCCCCCCUUUCCUCCUGUGCUCUCCAAAAGCCAAGUGUCUGUGACUGAAGCCCAAGGGCCAGUGAAUAAAGGUGGGUGGCGCUGGGUCGGCCCCUUGGUCUGUCAGGCCCCUGCCCCAGCCGUCCACACAGGGCUGGAGAUCCAAGGUCAUGGUCCAGGCGCCCGAAUCCAGAAAUUCCA